ACGGCGUUGCAGUUGAGGUCGGACAGGGCGCACAGCACACAGCCGGGACUUGAGCACCAGUCGGCAGGACGAUGGGCGGCGCGUGCCUCUACGGCACCGGCGUCGACCUGCUCAGCCUCACGCGCUUUGCCUCGCUGCUCGCCCGCUCGCGUGCCUCGGCGGCCGUCUCGUCGCCGCACGCCCGCCUCGGCCGCAGCGAGCGGCUGGCGCGGCGCAUCCUCUGCGACGAGGAGCUGGCCGACUGGCAGCGCCUCGAAGCCAGGCACGACCGCGUGCGCUGGCUCGCCUGCCGCUGGGCCGCAAAGGAGGCGGCAUACAAGGCCCUCUCGCCGCCGUUCCAGAUCUCGUGGCACGACCUCAUGCUGCGCUCGGCGUCGAGCGGACGGCCGCGCCUGAGCCUCAGCGCCAGUGGCACCCGCGGCGCGCUGGGCCAGUUUCUGCCGCCCGGCCUGCGCUGGCACGUCUCGCUCUCGCACGACGCCGGUCUAGUCAUCGCCAUGGUGCACCUCGAGCAGCCCGGCGCCUGAUGGGCCGACACGCGCACGGCACACACACACAAGACGCAGCGCCGUGGGCAUCGCUCUAGUAGUACGCGCCCGCACCGGCGUAGUCCUGCCGCUGGCUUUUGGCCUCUGGCCGCAGCACGCCGGCGACAUCCGCAGGCAGUGCCUCGCUCCCGGCCACGCCAUCGGCAGCAUCGGCGACGCCCAGCCGCCGCAUGCCCUCCGAGACAUAGCCGACGCUGCCCGGCCCAAACGCCGGCUCGGGCGGCUCGAAGCGCCGUGCUGCCAGCGCUGCGCGCCCGGCGGGGAUGCGCGACUGCAUGUCCGACGCCUUGGUGAGGGGCUGGAAGCCGACC